AAGCCCGCAUCACGAACUCUCAUGGCGCUCUUGUCUCUCUCAUGGCGGCGGCUCAUCGCCGGUGCUGGCGGAACCUCCGGCACUUCCCCGAUGAUAUCUCGCAUCUCCUCUGCCGGCGCUCAUCACCAGCCCAGAUACAUAGAGAAGGUGGGCAUCCCGGAGUUUCUGAAGGGGAUUGGGAACGGAGUGGAGACGCAUAUGGCGAAGCUUGAGACGGAGAUCGGGGACAUUGAGAAGCUUCUUGUUACUCGAACUCUCCGCCUGAAGAAGCUCGGAAUUCCCUGCAAACACAGGAAGUUGAUUUUGAAUUAUGCCCAGAAGUACAGGUUAGGACUCUGGAGACCUCGAGCUGAUUUACCGAAGCCACAGGCUGCUUAAAUUUGGGCGAGAGCUGUCAUGCGGCAAGCUGAUGACUCACCUUCAUCUCUGAUGUGGAUGAUCUUUCCAUCCUGCCUGUUUUUGAUGAGAUAUGUUUGUUCAUGAAACUCUAGAUAUGCAUAACCAAAAAAUGGACUUGGACUUGUAAACUUCUAUUUCAGUUUGCUGUGUAGUUGACAUGUUAAUGCAAUCUUAGAUAAUUUUUUAUG